AUGUCGACAACAGAGGCGGCUCAGCAGCCACAGCCCGCGGCGCAACCCGCCCAGGACGGCGCCUCAAAACCCCAGGGGGAGCAGAAAUGGCAGAACAAGAACGGCAACUUCAAGCAGAACGGCAAGCGCCAAUUCCAGGGCCAGGGUGGCGGCAGGAGGGAUCCCAAGCAGAGGAAAUCGAAGCGUGAGAGGAACAUCACGGAGGGAUCGUCGGAAGAGGUUUUGGCGGCGGAUGUGCAAGCGCUCAUCGCCUCACGCAAGGACUUGUUCCCUGAGACCGAGGUGAGGGAGGGGGAGGACGGCGCAGUCGAGACACCUCAAAUACCGCUCCCUGACCUCUUCACCGAGAUCGAGGUAGAGGUGAAGGAGCUCUCUUCAACGGGUGACGGUCUUGCGGUGCAACCCCACUCCCCACAAGUCUACGUCGUCCCCUUCGUGGCCCCCGGCGACGUCGCAAAGAUCAAAGUCGUCCGCCACGUCCGCGAGGAAAACUACUCCGUCGCCGACUUCCUGUCAGUGAUCACGCCCGGCCCCCUGCGCGACGACUCCCGGAUCAACUGCAAAUACUUCUCCACCUGCUCCGGCUGCCAGUUCCAGAUGCUCGACUACGACACCCAGCUCGCUCACAAGCGCACCAUCGUCGAGAAGGCGUACAAGAACUUCUCGCAGCUGCCGCCCGAGCUGGUCCCGACCAUCAGGGACACCAUCGGCAGCCCCCUGCAGUACAACUACCGCACCAAGCUCACCCCUCACUUCGACGGCCCCCCUGGUUUCCACAAGAAGGGCAGGCCCAGGAAGGCGCUCGAGAAGGUCCCCGAGGUGGGCUUCAACGCCAAGGGCAGGAGAAUCGUGCUGGACAUCGAGGACUGCCCCAUCGGAACGGACGCCGUACGGCUGGGCAUGAAGCGCGAGCGCGCGAGGAUCGCCCGCGACUUUGGCAACUACACCAAGGGCGCCACGAUCCUCCUCCGCGAGAACACCACGCGGUACCCCAAAACCGGCGCAGAGCAGCCGCCCGCCGAGCUGUCUGAAGACGCGGUCCGCGUCGAGACAGACACCCACGUCGACAUCAAGACGUGCAUCUCGGAAGCCACGGGCGCCAUGUCGAGCGAGUACAUUGACGACUUCAUCUUCACGAACCCGGCCAACUCCUUCUUCCAAAACAACAACUCGAUCCUGCCAAAGUUCACAGACUACAUCCGCCAGCACGUCAUGCCGCCCGCGGGCCCCAACCGCGACCGCAUAAAGUACCUCAUCGACGCCUACUCGGGCUCCGGCCUCUUCACCAUCACGCUCGCCUCGCUCUUCAAGGGCAGCACGGGCAUCGAUAUCGCCAAGGACUCGAUCGAGUACGCCCGCAAGAACGCAAAGCUCAACGGCCUCCCCGAGGAGCAGUGCAACUUCAUGGCCGCCGACGCCCCGGAGCUGUUCAAGCACGUGACGUACCCCGCGGACGAGACGGUCGUCGUGAUUGAUCCCCCGCGCAAGGGCUGCGAUAAUGACUUCUUGAGCCAGCUGCUGCGCCACGGGCCGAGGCGGGUCGUCUACGUGAGCUGCAACGUGCACACGCAGGCGCGCGACGUCGGCGUGCUUGUGCGCGGCGACGGGGGCGACGGCACAAAGUACGAGAUUGAGAGCCUGGUGGGAUUCGACUUCUUCCCGCAGACGGGACACGUCGAGGGCGUGGCGGUGUUGAACAGGGUGGAAAAGGAUGCGUAA